GUACGCGUGAAACUUUAAAAAAUUAUUUUUGGACAAAGACAUGGGAUUACUGUACUGUAGCGCUACCUACAAAUAUACUACACGUGCCGGCCUGUUAUUCCCGCGUCAAACAGUCAAACCGUUAAGCCGGUGCUGUCGCUACUAUACCGACCGUAACUAAACCUUAAUGCUCAGUGCUGUGAUUCGGAAACUAUGCCGUUCGAGAUGACUUCUUGCUACGCACCUUGGUUCAACUUAACUCAGUCCGCGACAUCCUCACCAGCCAUACGAUAAUGCAGGAGGUAGUUCGAACGAUUCCGCAAUGGUUGACGCUUGGCACCUCGUUCGGUGUGGUAAAUACACUCACGCUAAAAGCGAGAUUGUUUUAGACUGCGAGAACGUCGUGAUUGGUCGCAAUGUUGAGCCAAAGUAUCGUCUAGACAGCGUGAACAUCAGUCGUCAGCAUGCUUGCUUGAGAUACAGCAGUCACGGACAAUGGGAAAUAACUGAUCUUCGCAGCCACAACGGCGUGUUUGUCAACGGUGCAAGAAUACAGGCAUCACACCGCGUUGCUCUUUCCGAAGGCGAUGUCAUCGGUUUCGGAAAGGCUGUGCCGAGCGGUGAUGAUGUGUUCGUGUUUGCAUUGGAGAAGAAAUGUGUGGGUGUCGCCGUCAAGAACGAAUUGCCUGAUUCACCAACGAGUGCGUCGCCUGCAUCCGACGUCGUGUUGUUGAGCGAUGAUGACGAUAUCGUCGUCACGAAAGUACACUGUGCGAAGAGACGACUUACUGUUUCAACAAGUUCGAACAGUGCAGCUGCUACGCACUGUUCGUCGCCCUCAGCCCUUGAUGCCGCUCCGCAUCAUGUCGCACCCGAAAAGAAACCCCUUGAUGGGCGCGACAGACUUUGUUAUGGUGGUUCAGCAGUCUCCACCAGUCCGGCUAUUGGUACCGCUCACACCGAUGUUCCGCUUACGGCUGACACGACGCGCUUCAGCAUCAGUCCUCAUCAGCAAGUGUUAAGUACCACAGUCGCGAUUGUUCCCAAGGCAGAGCCGUCUGACGCUGUGGGGAGAGUGAAAAUUGAACGGGACUGUGAAUCCACUGAUUCUCGAUCGACGUCUAGCCGCGACACAUCCAAUAGCAGGUCAUCACUGCCAGUGGGCUUGACCUUCACACCUGCUGCUAGCAACAGAAGCUCAGUUAAAGUGUCCUCUCCAGCACUUCCUCCUCAUACACCUGGCACUUACAUUAAACAAGAGGUACCAGGACACAUUGCUGACAUUGGAGUUGUUCCCAUACGUGAACCGUCAGAUGUGCCAAGUUAUAUCAAGCAAGAACCAGAUUGCUUGACUGGAGAGCAGGCAUGGAAUGUAGAGAAAGCAGUGGUGACACCUGCUCACCAAAGUGAGUGCCUCGGUGAUUUACCCUUGCACAGCAUCGUUGGGAGUAGCUCCAGGACAGAUCGUUCAAGUACUGUGUCAAGAAAAGUCAAAGUAAACUCAUGCAACAGCACAUCUUUAUCUUGUCCCUCUGAGCAAAAAGCAGGAUGUGAUAUUUUAUACCUAAGUGAUCUUGAUGUGUGUGCUACUGCAAAGAAAAAUGUAGCUGCUCCUGUUCAUUCGUUAGGAGCACCAAAAACAGAUGUCAAUAGCACUACUGUGAAAGAGGAACCUGUUUUAUCUGACUGCAGUAGCAACAACAUGGUGCAAAGCAUAGUUAAAAGCAAUGUCCCAGCAGAUCUGUCUGGCUCUUCUAUAAGUUUUGGAAAAACUGUGCGCAGUGGUCUUACACCGAGUGGCCUAAAAGCAACUGAUGCUGAGCAGUGCAGUACAUUUUCUUUACAUGAAAACAAGAAUGGUGAGAAGUGUGCAGGCUCGAAGUAUGUUCCAUGUCAGGAAAGAUCAUAUUCACCGACAGCUUACAGCAAGAAUGUCAGCAAUUUGCCUAACCCACCACGCUGUUUCAAUUUGUUGGUUAAGCCAUGCUCUGUUGUUCUUCAGAGAUUCGAAUCCAGCACUCUUGCUCAAGAACAACCAACUGCUUCCUUAAGUGGACAGCAGCUCACUGAAGGUGGUUUGGUCACACAAGGUGAUCACAGUCAUGUUGAAGCAGGACUUGGUGAAAACACUCGGAACACAACUAAUGAAGACAGUUGUCAUGAUAUAUCGUUUUCUCAGGAUGAUGUAAUAAUAAUUCUUUCCGAUUCAGAUGAUGAUUGUAAUGGGGGAAUCGAUUUUGAGAUCAAGAAAGAACCUGAAGAAGCAGAAGAUAUCAUUAGCAAUGAUGCUGAUGUUGAGGCUGGCAUUCCGUGGAUAAAUAGUUGCUUGAAUGAUGGUACUGAAGAGAGGAAAACUGUGCCAGUGUGUUCAGUAACUCAAGACAAGGAGCUUGAAAAAAGACUUGUUUGGAAUGAGUCAGAGCCAGAGCAGACUACCUCAACUGAUCAGGAGCAACCAGAAAAUGAUUUCUUCCCAGCAUUGUCACAAGACUUCUCUGAUGAUGAGGCUCUUCCAGCAAAAAUAAAGAGAACAAGCACUCCUGCACGUGCAAUUUUCUUGUCAUCCGCCCACCAUCUUGCUUGUUUGAAAGGCAAAGUGAACAGAAGCCCCAAGAAAAAGUCAUGCCUGAAAGAGAAGCUGAUGAAAUCUAUGAGACACAGGAUACCAAUGGCUGGAGGUGGAUCAGCAGUCCAAAAGAAAGAUGGUGAAGGGUUGCUUAAAUCCAGCUCUGCUGCUGAAUGUGAAGGUGGUUUAAAGAAGUCCCAUUACAAGGUUAGGUUCCAGUCCCGUUCAGCUUGUCUACUAAGUACAGAAGAGCCAUCUAAGGCUUCUGCAAGCACAUCAAAAAGAAAACCAGGCAAAAUGGUUAAACCUUUUAAUGACAUGCAAACGGUGCAGAACAGAGUUGAAGCUGCCAAGCCACUCGAUGUUUCUGCUGAAAGAACAAAGCAAUUGAGUCCAUCUCUAUAUAGUGCGCAGCUGUUUCCGGAGAAGGGAAAAGCUCCCAGGGUGAGUGAUGUUUCUGUUGAAACAACGAGCCAGUUGUGUCCAUCUUGGAAUGCUAUGGAAAUACGUCCGCAGCUGGAAGAUGUUCCACUGUCAAAUUCUGUUUCUACUGAAAUUACAAAUCGAUUGAGUUCUUCCCUGAAAAAAUGUGCCCUCGUUCCCCAGGUCAACAACUUUACAAGAGCUGACUCAUCAGUACAGGGAAAACCAUGCUUUUCUGUUCCAAGGUUCAAAAAAGCUGUCCGAAUUUCUAGAUUGGCAACGGGCUCACCAGUGCCCGCUGUUACUUCAGGUGACCCCGCUGUAGUUGAACAAAGGCCUGCAGCUCUGCCACUUAUUCCGUUGCCUGAACCUAUGGACAUCGAUGUAUCUGAAAGGAGGUCACGUGUACAUUUUCACAUAGAAGAACCAAGUAGCAAAACUGAUGAGCAGAGGGCUGAAUUUGCACAACGUGUUAGGGCAUCAUUGAAGAAGAAAAAGUUUGAACAUAGUCAGAAGAGUAAGAUAAACUUGGGAGUCUUCAUCUCUUACAUUCUCAACUGGAAAGUUCAUUGGCUAAAAGAGCAGCUGCAGUCGGCAAUGCUUCCUCCUCUACUGGACAUGGACAAGUUUCGAAGUAAACGCUUCAUGUACAGUAGUCUGGAAGAAUACAAGUUCGUGAACUACCACUUCUUGUGCCUCGAAGUGUGGCAGACUGUCUUCCGCAGCUGGCGAGAACAUUUCGCACGCACCACACGCAUGACAUUCAGUUCUGCUGUUGUACGCCACACAUGCCCUCCUGGUGACACCAUGAUCUUAACUUGUGUUGUUUUAGUGACAUCAGAGCAAAUGCACAAAUCGUUAUAUCCAUUUGAAGGUCACCUUGUCCGCCUGGAUCUGCGCAUUCGAGAUCAGGCAAAAGCUGCACUGCCAGCAUUUGGAUUUGUAACUCAACACAAGUUUCUGAGGGACCCUCGUGUGCGUAAUAGCGCCAUCCCAGACUUGUUGCAAAGUGUGUACACUGAUGGAUGUAUUCCUGUUACGUUGCAGAUUCAAGUGAAAACAAGACCUGUGACUCUAGACUUUGGUAAAGUUCAGCGCUUGUCUGUAGUGGCCAAGAUCACUCCGGCUUUGCGGCAAAUGGAAGCUGUGUUAGAGCUUGAAAAAUCUGCAUUUGCCGAAUGUAUUGUCAGGCCUAAUGUUAGCCAUUUUUGGUGCCAUAAAGGUGUGCCCAUGAGCUCUAGGUUCAGAGAAAACUUCAAUCAUGAACAAGAGCAAGUAAUCAGUUCUACUGUUGCUGCUAUGAGAGUGCGUGGCGGAGAACCUAGAAUUAUCAUUCUGCAUGGCCCACCUGGCACAGGCAAGACUCACACAGUGGUUGGUGCGGUGACAGAGAUCCUUCAGCACAACAGCAAACAGACUGUGCUGAUUGUGGCACCGUCCAAUGCUGCAGUUGAUGAGAUUGGUCGUCGGCUUUUGGCUCACAGGCAGCGGCAGUACAGACAGAGAGUGCCUGCGGAACAGGUUUUGAAGGUAGUCCGAAUUGGCCAAAACAGCAUGGUCCAUGCAGAGGUUCGUGGGAUAUGUCUUGAUGAGCUGUUGCAAAAGAACAUUCAGAAGGAUGAGAUUGAACGGUGCAAAGAGUACGACCAGACCAUUUGUGCUUUAGAGAUUGAGGUGAAACGGUGCACUGACAAAAAGUGUCAGCUUGAAAAGUCUGCGUGUCAGGAUGUCAGAGCGUUUAGACGUCUUGAGUUUCAGAUAACACAUUUGCAGUCUCAGAUCCAGCAGGCUAAAGAGAAGAAAAAGCUCAUAACUGACAGCCAUUCCCGGCAGUUUCGUAAUGUUAAUGACAAGAAACUUGUAAUCCUUCGCAAUGCACAUGUCAUCCUUUCCACUCUAAACAGCUGCCGUAGCCGUCUUAUGGAAGAGGCUUUUGGCUGCAACAGUUCUCAUAACUUUUCAUGUGUUCUUCUUGAUGAAGCAACUCAGUGCACCGAAGUGGAAGCGCUCCUCGGCUUGCAGUACCGAACCAGCAGGCUGAUUCUUGUUGGUGAUCCCAUGCAGCUCCCUGCCACAGUUGUGUCGCAAGAUGCUGUCGAUCGUGGAUUCCAGGAGUCACUCUUUGAGCGCUUUUACAACUACCUAAAGCAAGAAGUUGACUCCAAGCCCAUCUUCACACUAAAUGAGCAGAGACGGAUGCAUUCAGAGAUUUGUCAGUUCCCAUCAAAGUACUUUUAUAAUGGGAAGCUUCGACCAGUUCUCGGGCUGGACGCCAAAUAUGCAUCAUUUCCAUUGACUCCAUACCUUGUGUUCAACAUUAAGGACAGCCCUGAGGUUAGCGAGGCCACUAGUACAUCAUGGUUGAAUCGUGGUGAAGCUGCCUUCGUUGCCCAUCUUUGCCUUGCUAUUUCCCAGCAUGUUGUGAAUGUGUCUCUCGGUAUUAUCACACCCUACCAGGCACAGAAGAGUGCUAUCAUCCAACAGCUUCAAGAGAGUUUCACACCAGGGGCAGCAACUUUUGAUGUUAAUACUGUGGAUGGCUUUCAAGGCCAGGAGAGGGAUGUCAUUGUACUGUCAUGUGUGCGUGCCCACAACCCAAGAGGCAACAUUGGUUUUGUUGCUGAUGCCCGGAGGCUGAAUGUUGCCAUCACAAGAGCCAGGAAAGCUUUGUAUAUCUGUGGACAUCUUGACUCCCUUAAGGACAGUGAGGAGUGGAGGGCAUUAAUUUCUGAUGCUUAUCAUCGUUCCAAAGUGAUGGACAUCUCUGCAGAAUGUUCUUCUGAUCAUCUUGCGGACAUAAUCAAGAAGCACCAUGUAACAGGACCAUGAUGAAAUUGAGGGCAUCAUAUGUAUGCUUUUGUUCAUACAUAUCUUGGAUGUGCACACGUGUUGUAGUAAGUGAAUGUAAAUGGCCAAAUUUUGUGUUUUUCUUAUGUAGGCCAACUAGGGCUUUCAAAGAUUGUAUAUGCAGGUUUCAUUUCAAUUUUAGUGGUUUGUUUUGUUGUGGUUGAUUUUGUUUCAUAGCAUCUGGCAUUUUGAUUAGCAUAUGCUGCGUCUCUUCAUAAUUGUCAUUGUCCUUCUGUUUAACUGACAGUGUUGCAUUCACUGAAGACGAUGGAAUAAGAAUUCAAGCCAUGCCUCAGAAUACAAAAUGACUACAUUGUUAGUUUUUGUGGUAUUGCUGUCACUUUUUUUUCAACCUGGAAUGCACAGUUUGCUACAUUUGUACGUUAAUGCACCUGUAAAUGAAAGUUGUUAAUAGUCACUUUUGAUAUGGUCACAGUUAUUUGUUCUGUUGGAACUCUUUCAUGCCGAAGCUUUUGACAUAUGCUGAUGACAGUCAACUUCAAUCACCACGUUCACAUGGAGAGCAAACUUCGUGGUGUAGUAGGGGUUGCAAGCUGAUGUUACACCGUGGCUCACAGAACUACAUGCUUUUCUUGUGGCUUUACUUCAUUACGUUAAUGAAGCUUCAUUUAUGAUGCA